UCUGAAAAGAUGAUUCAUUUCACCUACUUUCAUUGAUAAUUGCUCACGUCUUAGUUACAGAUUGUUUGGUUUAAUUUGUAGUCUCGUUAAUUCGUGUCAUUCAUUUACUUCCCCCAGUUUACAAAAAAUACAUUAACAAAACAGGCAUAACAGGUUUGCUUUUUUAAAAUGAUGAUGUUCUUAGAAAGUGAGUAAUGACCGAGCUUACAGAUAAUGGCAUCAAACAGAAGCGAAGUUCUGAGUAUUUGUGGGUGUAGUUACAACAGUCAUGUGUUUAUGAAGAGCAGAGUUGCUCACUGGACUACUGCUCUGAUUCAGGCUCCUCGCCAUUCCCAUCUCAGCCUACUCCCCUCACAGUUCAGUCCCGAUAUGUCACUGCCCCUUCCCAAACUCGCCCCAAAAUAGACACUUGCUGAGCAGCCAUAGCGCACCUGUCAGAAUCUCUGAGAAGACGCUGGAUUUCUGGAAGGCUGAACCAGUGUUAACGACGUAUAUAUGCAGGCAUACAAAAUUAGCUCACAGACAGAAAUGUUGGAUGAAAUCUUUGCUUUUUAUUUUAUUUCUUUUUUUUUCUUUUCAGUUUUAUAUGUAUAAAGGGGACGUAUUGUGUUUUUUUUACCCAACCCCAUAUUUUUAAUUCCUGGACUUUAGUAGAGUAGUUUUGCAUGACUCACUUGUAAAUAUUUAUCUUGAGGUGUUGCACUGGCACAAUAUGAUCCAGUAAUAAGCUGUACUAUAUCAGGGAUUUCCACUCUCAUUGAUGUACAGUGGCACAUAGCCAAGAGUAGAAACCGGUCUGAAACUGAGCAUUCAGAGCAGCAUGAAGCCUGAAACUUUGGCAGUGUUUCACAUGAGCAUCCAACAUUGUAACAGCAUAAGCAUGAGGAAUGCACUCAUGACUACCUAAUUAGGCACAUCUGUUCAACUGCCUAUUAAGACAAAUAGGUAAUCAGCCAAUCACCUGGCAGGAACACUGUGCAUUUAGGCAUGUAGACAUGAUUAGAACAACCUGCUGACGGUCAAACGGAGCACUGGAAUGAGGAAGAAAGGGCUUCAUGAAAAUGAGGACAUACGCGUGAUGAUGGCAGGUUCCAGCAUGCUGAAAGUUCGGUCUACAAGUUGGCAAAGGAACCGAAGCAUGCGGCUGCUGGAGGACGGACUCACCGUGUGGUGCGAGUCCAAGAGCUCCCGCAAAGGCAAAGCCCAGCAGACAUUUGCAGUGACGGAGGUGGAGUGUGUGUGUGAAGGCUACCAGUCGGAGGCACUGAGGCGGCUGUCUGGAACCCUACCAGAGAACCAGUGCUUCACAGUGGUCUUCAAAGGAGCCAGGAAGAGCCUGGACCUGAAGUGCCCCACUGCAGAGGAAGCUCAGCACUGGGUGCGAGGUCUCCGCAUGUUAAAGGAGCGAGUGGCCAGAAUGAGUCAGAAGGAAAAACUGGACCAUUGGAUUCGGGGGUACCUCAAGCGAGCAGAUCAGAACAACGACGGCAAGAUGAGCUACGAUGAGGUCAAACGGCUGCUGCUGAUGAUCAACAUUGACGUGAGCGAGCAAUAUGCCCGCUGCUUAUUCAAGCGGUGUGACCAAUCUGGCGAUGGCCGCCUGGAUCACACAGAAAUUGAAGAGUUCUGCAGGGAGCUGCUGCGACGGCCUGAGCUAGAUGCCGUGUUUAGACACUAUUCAAGUAAAGGUAGCGUGCUCUCCACUGCUGAGCUGCGUGAUUUCCUGGGAGAUCAAGGGGAGGACGCGUCGCUGGAUCAUGCUCGAAGUCUUAUACUCACCUAUGAGCUCAAUGACCGGGCUCAGAAGAACCUGCUCAUGACACAAAAUGGUUUCACCAUGUACAUGCUGUCUCUGGAGAAUGAUGUCUUCAACCCUAACCAUGCCAGAGUUUACCAGGACAUGACCCACCCCCUGGCCCAUUACUUCAUCUCCUCGUCACACAACACUUACCUUACCAAGGACCAAGUCACCGGUGCGAGCAGCACUGAGCCGUACAUGAGGGCUCUAAUUCAGGGCUGCCGCUGUGUGGAGCUAGACUGCUGGGAUGGAGAUAAAGGUGAACCCGUCAUCUACCACGGGCACACACUCACCUCCAAAGUGCCCUUUAAGGAAGUCAUUGAAACCAUCGGUCAGUAUGCCUUCAAGACGUCCCCAUACCCUCUAAUCCUGUCCUUGGAGAAUCACUGUUCUGUGGAGCAGCAGGCUGUCAUGGACAAACACCUCCGUAGUAUCCUGGGCAAAAAACUGCUCACAGAGCCUCUCAGUGACCAGGCACUGAGAGACCUGCCUUCUCCCGAAGAGCUUAAGGGGCGCAUUUUGGUAAAAGGAAAGAAACACACUCCUCACCUGGGUGAGCUGGUGAAGAACAGCAGCUGCACCAGCUUCUCUUCGAGCUCUGAAGAUGAACUAGCCAGCAGCAUUAAGAGCACACCCAUGAAGGAUCCUGCAAAGGUCCGUUCGAAACUGUGCCCCGAGCUAUCCGACCUGGUGGUUUACUGCAAGAGUGUCCCCUUCCGUGGGUUUGGAAAUGUGUCUGAAAAACCGCCAAAUGAAAUGUCUUCUUUCUCUGAAAACGAUGCCCUCAAGCACAUCAAAGAGUCUGGGAAGCUUUUUGUAAGACACAACAGCAGGCAGCUGAGCCGGAUCUACCCUUGUGGCCAGCGCCUUCAAUCAUCCAACUAUGAUCCUCAGGAAAUGUGGAACUGUGGAUGCCAGCUGGUGGCUCUAAACUUCCAGACGGCUGGGGAGCAAAUGGACCUGAACCAGGGCCGCUUCCUCGCAAAUGGUCACUGUGGAUACGUCCUCAAACCCAGCUUCCUGUGCAGCCCCACAUCCAACUUUAACCCAGAAAACACGGGAGGAGGCCCCGGUCAUACCCCGACUCAGCUGACUAUACGAAUAAUAUCUGCACAACAGCUGCCAAAAAUCAACACAGAGAAGGCGAGCUCCAUUGUGGACCCACUAGUGUGGGUGGAAAUUCAUGGGGUGGCUAUUGAUAAAGCAAAACAAAAAACCCACCGCAUUGACAACAAUGGUUUCAACCCUCGCUGGGACUGUACUCUGAGCUUCCAGCUGCAGGUCCCUGAGCUGGCCCUGGUGCGGUUUGUAGUGGAGGACCACGAUCAUGCUGCCAAAAAUGACUUUGUGGGGCAGUUCACUUUACCUUUUACAAGCUUUCGCAUAGGUUAUCGACAUAUUCACUUACUGAAGGCAGAUGGUUCUAGCCUUUCUCCUGCUACACUCUUUAUCCAUGUCAAAGUGACUCGCAGAGGUGUUCCUGUCAAAACUAUGGCUGAGCGUAUUGCCGCUGCCAAAGGCAAAGCGUGACACACAUCUGAACAAGACAAUCAGAUAUCUGGACAAUGAAGGACCUUGGAAGGAGGAGCUCCGAGUGUAAACAGACAGAGACAGAAUGCUGCCGUUGUCUUACAGUUCAGACCCCAAGUGGUCCAGUUUGCACAAAACCACUUCCCAGUGCUUGAAGAAAGGUGUCUGUCAGAGAUGGACACAUGCCCUCUGGUGACUGUAAUUCAUAACAAAAAAAUGUAGAAAAAGGGACUGUUAGAGAGAAUGAAGAUCAUUUAUUUUAUGUCAUCAUUUUAUUUUUUAACAUGUUUUUUUAACUUGAAGAAUAAUGAUCGCUUAAGUAAAAUAGCACUUCUUAAAUUGAUGCUAUAACAGAAUUGCAAUGAGAUGUAAACCAAGUGUAACUAACUGUGUUUGACAAUAUACAUAAACAUCAGUGUUUUAGAUGUUAUUAUUGGCACCAUUAACUGUGCUGUAAUACAGAUUUAAUUUUGUGUUAGUGAGUGCCCCAGGGCGCCAUGGCCCAUGCUGCCCAGGUACAAGUACUUGAUACUCCAGAUAUCUGGGCACUUUUUUAAAUUCUGUCUGGAAGACAAAUUCUAACAUAUUCUUACAUCUUCCAGCAGAACAUGACAGACUUAACUUGCAAAGAUAAGCUUUUUUCUUAAAUGUGUUGUAUUUUAUCUUAGCAUCAUUUCACAUAUGUUCAAAUGUGCUUGUUUAAAAUCAUAUUUGACUUUUAACGAUACAGUAUUUCCAUAUAAGCUUCUUUCAUUUUGUCAACUUUUGUCUUCGUAUUCAGAUCUAGAAAAAAAUGCUGUUAAAAACUAAUUGCAUCAAUCUAAUACAACCACUAAUUACUCCAGGAUACAGUGAAUCUUUUAAUACUCUUAUAAGGAGGUUCACUGAUAAUAAAAUGGUCCAGCGAUGAAAAGUAAUUACUGUAAUUACAGUUUUAAUGGUCACGCUGGUUUUUGAGAAGAAUGUAAUAUGUAUUUAAUAGUGGGUGAAGUAAAACUUUGCUCUCUUAAUGUUUAAUAUAGAAGCUGUGGGAUGCGUUUGAGUGGUUAUGUUUGCAAGAAAAAUGUUUUUAUAAAGCACUUCUAACAAUUUUUUUCACAUGCUGUCAAAAGAUACAAGUGUCUGUUUUAGUUUCAAAAGUCCACAGUGUUGUGUGUGGACACCUGACACUUUAAUAAAUGCAUAACCAGAAGGUUCUAAUCUGUGAA